AUGUGGGGGGUCAAAGCCGCGGCCCGGUUGAAGAAACAGCGUGAAAGUACCGUUGGCAAUGUUGACACGGCCACGAUUCCAGGGUUCUCCAAAUGGUUUGCCCAGGAAGUGAAUGUGGAAACCAAGCUGAUAAAAUCAAGUGUUGAUCAACUCGGUCUGGCUAUGAUGGAGCACAGUGAAUGGAUUAACGAGGUUAUGCAUGAGGUGGUAAGCUGCUCCGAUGUGAGCGAUCUGUCACUACUAGAAGACGACCAAGGAAAAGAGCAAGACAAGGAUCAGAGUAUGAUGGUGCUGCUAAGGUCACCCGCAAAACUUAGAAGAGAGAGCUCGCCUGUGAGGGACUUAUAUUCGCAAGGGGUGGAGAUGAUCCAAGAACAGACAAAUAUAGUGACUCAACACAGCAGUAAGGACAAUGACGACAAGGAACCAUCUGUGCACAAUUCGCCACAGCCAGAGGUUUCUCCUGUGCUUGAAGCUGAAUCAAGCAAGCAAGAUCACCCGCAAUUGCCUGUGGACAAGUCUCCGUCUCAGUCUCCUGAGGCGCGCAAGCUGUCCGUCUCCGAAUCUCCCAAAAGACUUCUUUCCGAUAAUGAAGAGUCUUCUGAUCUCUCAUUCGACGCAAUCUCGAAAAACAUUCGCAAAUCGUUUGCUCGCAAAACUCUAAUGCAUGAAGAAUCGUCGCCGAAGGAGGAAGUCACGCGUCCCAUUGCACAUGAAACAGCCACGACCACGCCCACCGACUCUGUUCCGAAGCAACGAGAACAACCUCAUCAACGACCGGCCGAUGCGUCGGUUCUUUUGGACGAGGGAGAUAUCAUGCUCAGCGACAUCGACAACGACAUUAGCUUCCAAAUUGGGAAGCUCGAGAAGAUUGAACUCGCACAGAUAAGAAUACCGCUCAAGGCAGACACGCAAAUAAGCAAGCUGCCGAGUGUCAACAAUAGCACCACUCCAAACGCAAGCAGGUCGCCUAUCAAGUUUGCAGAGCUGCCAUCGAGAGAGCCUCUGAUGAUCAAGCAGGGGAAGAAGAAAUCGAUCAGCAAGGUCACAAACCAACCAAAGAGGACAGCGAAACAGAUCAGAGGACCUACGCAACACCUUCUGAGGGAUGAAAACCGCGAUGAAUUGUCUCCGUUCAAGGAUUAUGGCUCUUUCAAUUCCAGUAUAACCAAGCAGCCGUACAACUUGAGAUUACCUCCAAUCAGUGACCUGUCGCCAUCAAAUACAGGCAGCAGCGAGCCCACCAUCAAAAUAAAUAGAGGGCUAGCAUAUAAGUCCUCACCUUUACAGAAUGAACUGGCCAGAUCGCCUAAUAGAUCCCCUUCAAAGCAACACAACGGGUCGCCAAAGAAAUCCCCAAGCAAAUACGCGCAUUCCGAUCUAUUAUCGCGGCUGAUGGCACCUACUGAAGCUAGCACAAAGCGCAGUAAAGCCUCCCCCUCGAAAGAAAAUAUGCGCCUUACGAAGACUCCUGCCCGUCUUGGAAUUGACGACUCGCGUCAUAAAUCUCAACUACUGAAAUCAAUAAAGUUGGAGAAGCACAAUGAGGUGACAAAAGCGACAGGCUCGCCGUCCAAAAGCAAGUCUCUUAUCCCAACUUCAAAGAUCACCAAAGCUCCAUCGGAGAGGCUGACCAAUCUAGACAAAAAGAUACAGAAUACAAAACUGAGCCAGCUUGAGUUGAAACUGCCUAAUGAACUGAACAGGUCAAAGCUGCCAUUGACUGAACAGAUGCUGCAACCGAGCUCAAACAAAUCGCAAUAUGGUGUAGGCUCGCCAGAUGCAAAAAGUCUGAUAGACUUGCACAAGAAAUUAGAGAAACGCAAAAAGUCUGAGCACCUAAUGCAGGCCAAGAGGCAGCGUGCGGACAUCAAGCUUCGAAAGAUUUCCGUGAAUCACUCGAAGCUGAACCGCUUACCAGAGCCUGCUACCAAAUCUGCGACAGAAGUGACGUCUUCCAGGCCUUCCAAACCAGUCAUCAUAGACGCGAACGAGCUGCCAGAGAUAAGUUCGGACAACGAGGAUGAUGAAGCAUCAAAGCAGCUUGCUCCAUGGGGCACGAACGCGAACAUCAAGCAGCUUCUCCGGCGACAGGCCAAGACCAACCCUAGUAGAGUGUUUGGGCAAAUCCAGAAGAUCAAUUGCACAGAAAUUUUUGAAAGAAGCUACUACGGCAGCUUAAACAUCAAAUGGAACGACAGCGAUGUGUUGGGCCAGAAGGAGACAGAAGAGUACGACCGUAAAAUGGGAUAUAGUUGA